GUGCUUGUGAUCAGACGUUGAGGUAAUUUGACCAAUUCUGUAUUAUUUUUCUAAAUUAUUGUGCGCUUGAAUAACUUACUUUUAACUUUUUAAUACUUCUCAAUAUAAAGUCAAUAUAAGAGCUACAGGAUAAAUUUGUAGAUGUUACAGCACUCUAUGUGGUUUUAAAGAAGUUUCAUGAAACCGCAUUGGCAAAAUUAUCUCGACUCUCUCUAUAAAGAAAAAAUCAGAAUGAUCACACCCAAUUUCAUCUCGUCAGAUAACCGCAACCCCGCCUUGACUCAUUCAACAAUUGUCUGCACCGAAGGCAAUAGACCGCAAUUGCCACACGAUCGCAUCACUUUUUCACUUUUCCCAUAGUAAAAUGUGGCCCGACCGAGCUCCCCAUCGCAAUUCCAUCAAAACAGCUCAUUUUAUUUAAUAAACAAAGUGUAUUUAUAAUUUCUGAAACAGUCCAUAGUAUAAUUUAUCUUAUGUAUAACUAUGAUUAUUUCAACCAUUAAGAAAAAGGCAUACAUGGAUCAAAACUAUGCAUAUGAAAGUCAAUUUCAGAGGUAUUUUUAUUACAAUCAAGCUUAUAUUCAACUUUUUGGGCAAAUAAACAUAUGCAUUAUUCGAACAAAAUAGCUGUAUAUACAUAUUGGUUUUAUAAAUAUCAUCAUGGCGUUCUGUAAAAACUAUUCAGUGUUGAAUGUUUAACAUAUAGGGGAACGUAUUUUCGACAGCUUUGUUCUCUACGUCAUGGUUAUUUUUUUUUGCAACCUGUUGGACCGAAAAUGACCGGAUCUGUCUGGGUAGUAAUGUUACGAUAGACGGGGAUACUUUCGAGGUGGUGGAGGAAUUCGUCUACCUCGGAUCCUUACGGACGGCUGACAACAACGUGAGUCGUGAAAUUCAAAGGCGCAUCAUCAGCGGAAGUCGGGCCUGAUAUGGGUUCCAGAAGAAACUGUGGUCGAAAAUGAUUCACCCACGUACCAAAUGCACCAUGUACAAAACGCAAAUAAGACCAGUGAUCCUCUACGGACACGAGACAUGGACCAUGCUCGAGGAGGACCUGCAAGUACUCGGAGUUUUCGAGCGACGCGUUCUAAGGACGAUCUUCGGUGGUGUGCAGGAGAACGGUGUGUGGCGGAGAAGAAUGAACCACGAGCUCGCUGCACUUUACGGCGAACCCAGCAUCCAGAAGGUGGCCAAAGCCGAAAGGAUACGAUGGGCAGGGCAUGUUGCAAGAAUGCCGGACAACAACCCUGCAAAGCUGGUGUUUGCUACUGAUCCGGUUGGUACAAGAAGGCGUGGAGCGCAGAGAGCACGAUAAGUGGCCGAGUAGUGUACUAUUGUUGAUUAUAUCUUGUUAAAUGUCUUAAAUGUUAAAAAUGUAAUGUAUGUUUGUGCUAAUUGAAAGUACUAGAAAACAAGGCCAAUCUUACUACAUAUAGAUACCUAUAGCAUGAAAUAAAAAUCUUUGAAUAAAAUCAUCAGCUCCGUUCACCGUUCGGCAGCGCCAUUACAGCCGCCAUACUCCAUUGCGUUCAUGCUUCCCCUACAUACCUUAUGCGAAGGGCGGAGCUAUGCUACUGCCUUUUUGGUCCUUGCGCACACUCCACAUCGCAUGCAUAGGGACAUUUUUCCCACAUUAAAUUGGUUUGUUAUAAAAGCGACACGCACCACAUCCGGGGCAAUCAUUCAAUUCGCAUAUUUCCGGUUAGUAGCAUUCCCUCGAGGAUUCGAACGUGUGUGUGAAAAAUAGGUGAAAUAUAUUUGUGAACUUAUUUGCCUGUGACCAAAAUCAAUACCAUGGAUAAAAUCUGUCGCAGUCAGUUGCCGGAUUCAUCAUCAUCUCCUCCGCUAAGUGGGCUAAAUUUCCAUAGCUUCGAUGAGGAUCUAAUCUCGGAUUUACCGUCGUGUGUUUAUGCUAAUCAUCAACUGGGGGCAGCCACGGCGACAAAUCCCGGUUCGGCGAAUCUCCGACUGAACACUAACAGCCUCAGACAGAUCCAGCAUCAAUAUUUGCAUCACACGGAUUGUCUGGAGUCACCAAGCUCAGCCAGUCAAUCGUUGUCUAAUGCCAUAAACCACCCCUAUAGUGCGGCCCCAUAUAAAAUCCAACGACAGCAGACUAACGUUAGAGAGCGCAAACGAGUCAUGAGAUCUGCUCCUAACGGCAUUAACUCAGCGUUCGACGAACUUCGCGUGCACGUGCCCACCUUCCCGUACGAAAAACGUUUGAGCAAAAUCGACACCCUGCGGUUGGCCAUCGCAUACAUUGCCCUGCUGAGGGAAGUGCUGGAAGCAGACUACGACCCGCUCACCUACGUCGAGAAGUGCCUGCGCGGGGAGAUCAAAGCCGACCGAGCCAGUUGGAACACUAGUGAUUUGACAGCUCGGCUGUCGUGGAUCAACUGGGAGAAUCUCGGAGUGCAUCCCGGACGGCGCACCAUACUGACGUCCCUUGCCCUUGGAUCAUCCGAAAGUCUGGGGUGUGGACCUCCACCACAUCUUAUCUAAACUGAAUUAUGCACAUGUGCAAUCGUAUACCUACCUUGCCGAUAAAAUAAUCCAUACUAAUCUGACUGUAACAAUUUAAAUCGAUAUAAGUUUUGUCUUCCUAUAAAUGUUAUAGGCAUUUGAGCUAUUCUAGUCAUUAUUACUAUUCAGUUGUGAUAUUAGAUUGGUACAAGGAGUGUACUUAUUAAGUUGUUUUUGUUCAAUAAACUCUUAGGCCAACUCAAUAAAACAAGACUAAAUUUAUCCGAAUCAAAUUUCAUUUAUGAUAGAAA